CUUUUCCUUCUUCUCUCCAAUUCCUCCAUCUUAUCUUUUCCAUUCUCUUGUGUCCGCUGUCUCUUCCAUCCCCUCCAUCCCGCCUUCUUCGGUCUCUCUCCGCCGAGCCCCGCCGCCGAGGGGAAUUUGUCCGCUUUGCCGGAGUCAUUGGGCUCGAGAGCAGUCCUCAAAAUGCCCGAACCAACGAAAAUCAGCAUUCUCGGUCAGGAGAGCAUCAUUGCUGACUUUGGCCUCUGGCGCAACUAUGUCGCGCAAGACCUGGUCAGCAAUUGCUCCUCCACCACCUAUGUUCUCAUCACAGAUACGAAUAUUGGUUCUAUCUACACUCCAGAGUUUCAAAAAGCUUUCGAUGCUGUCGCUGCUACCGUUACUCCCUCCCCGCGUCUGUUGAUCUACCAGGUCGCCCCCGGUGAAGUGUCUAAAUCCAGACAGACGAAAGCCGCCAUCGAGGACUGGAUGUUGAGCCAGAGCCCACCAUGUGGCCGGGAUACAGUAGUCAUUGCUCUUGGCGGAGGUGUCAUUGGAGACCUGACUGGAUUUGUCGCUUCCACCUACAUGCGCGGGGUCCGUUAUGUACAAGUACCCACGACAUUGCUCGCCAUGGUGGAUUCCUCCAUCGGUGGGAAGACUGCGAUCGAUACACCGCUGGGAAAGAACUUGAUUGGCACGAUCUGGCAACCGACCAGGAUUUACGUUGACCUCGAAUUUUUGGAGACCCUCCCUGUGCGCGAGUUCAUCAAUGGCAUGGCGGAAGUGAUCAAGACGGCAGCAAUCUCGAGUGAGGAAGAAUUCACUGCGCUGGAAGCCAACGCAGAAGUGAUUCUCUCUGCUGUUCGUCAGGAGGUCAAACCUGGCCAGCGUCGCUUCCAGGGAAUCGAAGAUAUCAUGAAGGCUCGUAUUCUGGCGUCUGCUCGUCACAAGGCCUAUGUCGUGUCCGCUGACGAGCGUGAGGGUGGUCUCCGCAAUCUGUUGAACUGGGGUCACUCCAUUGGUCAUGCCAUCGAGGCUAUCCUGACCCCUCAGGUCCUCCACGGUGAGUGUGUCGCCAUUGGUAUGGUCAAGGAGGCUGAAUUGGCCCGCCAUCUUGGCAUCUUGAAGGGUGUCGCGGUCGCUCGUAUCGUCAAGUGCCUUACCGCCUACGGAUUGCCUACGUCUCUGAAGGAUGCGCGCAUCCGGAAGCUUACUGCUGGAAAGCACUGCUCCGUUGAGCAGCUUCUCUUCAACAUGGCCCUGGACAAGAAGAACGAUGGUCCCAAGAAGAAGGUCGUUCUUUUGUCUGCUAUCGGGCGCACAUACGAGCCCAAGGCUAGCGUUGUUCCGAACGAGGACAUCAGCGUCGUUCUUGCUCCGAGUAUCGAGGUGUACCCCGGUGUCGCACCAGCUUCAAAUGUUGUCUGUACCCCCCCAGGCUCGAAGAGUAUCUCGAACCGAGCAUUGAUCCUGGCUGCUCUCGGUUCGGGUACCUGUCGCAUCAAGAACCUGCUCCACUCGGACGACACUGAAGUAAUGUUGAACGCAUUGGAGCGACUGGGGGCUUGUACCUUCUCCUGGGAGGAGGAGGGUGAGGUUCUUGUGGUGAACGGCAAGGGAGGUGAUCUCCAAGCGACCUCUACGCCGCUUUACCUUGGUAAUGCGGGAACGGCUUCGCGCUUCCUCACUACGGCCGCUACCCUUGCUACGCCUGGCGAUGUUGACUACAACAUUCUUACGGGUAACAACCGCAUGAAGCAGAGACCUAUCGGCGACUUGGUUGAUGCUUUGACCGCCAACGGUGCGUCCGUUGAAUACGUGGAGAGCAAGGGCAGUCUGCCUCUUAAGAUUGCCGCCUCUGGUGGAUUCGCUGGAGGCAGAAUCAACCUUGCUGCCAAGGUUUCAUCGCAAUAUGUGUCUUCGUUGCUUAUGUGCGCCCCUUACGCCAAGGAGCCGGUUACCCUUAAGCUGGUGGGCGGAAAGCCCAUCUCGCAGCCUUACAUUGAUAUGACCACCGCGAUGAUGAGAUCCUUCGGCAUUGACGUCCAGAAGUCCACCACUGAGGAACACACCUACCACAUCCCUCAGGGACGUUAUGUCAACCCUGAUGAGUAUGUGGUGGAGAGUGAUGCUAGCUCUGCUACCUACCCUCUGGCCAUUGCUGCCCUGACUGGCACCACCUGCACUGUUCCCAACAUUGGUUCGAAGUCCCUACAGGGUGACGCCCGCUUCGCAGUGGAAGUUUUGCGCCCGAUGGGCUGUACUGUUGUGCAAACUGAUACCUCGACUACUGUCACGGGUGCUCCCGGUGGUGCUCUGCGUCCAUUGCCUAAUGUGGACAUGGAGCCCAUGACUGAUGCGUUCCUCGGAGCAUCAGUGCUGGCAGCCGUUGCUCGUGGUGAGGGAUCGAACCACACCACUCGCAUCUACGGUAUCGCAAACCAACGUGUGAAGGAAUGCAACCGCAUCAAGGCCAUGAAGGAUGAACUUGCCAAGUUCGGUGUCGUCUGUCGUGAGCAUGAUGAUGGACUUGAAAUCGAUGGUAUUGACCGUUCGACUCUCCGCCAGCCUGCUGGUGGUAUCUUCUGUUAUGACGACCACCGUGUGGCUUACAGUUUCAGUGUCCUUUCUCUUGUGACCCCUCAGUCGACUCUGAUCCUGGAGCGUGAGUGCGUCGGUAAGACCUGGCCCGGCUGGUGGGAUGCCUUGAAGCAGUUGUUCGGUGUUAAGCUUGAGGGUAAAGAGCUCAAGGAAGAAGAGGUCUUGGCUCUCACGCAAGCCGAGAAGUCCAGCGCAUCUGUUUUCAUCAUCGGCAUGCGUGGUGCUGGUAAGACUACCAGUGGACAGUGGGUUGCGAAGACUUUGAACCGACCUUUCGUGGAUCUGGAUACCGAGCUUGAGAAGACGGAAGGCAUGACAAUUCCCGAGCUUAUCAAGCAACGCGGCUGGCAGGGCUUCAGAGACGCCGAGCUCAAUCUUCUGCAGCGCACCCUGAAAGAACGCGCAACCGGAUACGUGUUCGCGUGUGGUGGUGGCAUUGUCGAGAUUCCAGAGGCUAGGAAGUUGCUUACUGACUACCACAAGACCAAGGGCAAUGUCCUGCUCAUUCUGCGUGACAUCAAGCAGGUUAUGGACUUCCUUCAAAUUGAUCGUACCCGCCCGGCCUAUGUUGAAGAUAUGAUGGGUGUGUGGUUGCGUCGCAAGCCCUGGUUCCAGGAGUGCAGCAACUUGCAGUACUUCAGUCAGACGGCGAGCACUGGAGGUCUCGCUCGGGCGUCUGAAGAUUUCAGACGUUUCUUGAAGACCGUUACCGGGGAGAUUGACAGUCUCGAUAUCAUUAAGCGUAAAGAGCACUCAUUCUUUGUCUCUCUCACUCUUCCUGAUCUGCGAUCGGCGAGCGACAUCCUGAAAGAAGUCUGCGUCGGCUCUGAUGCAGUAGAACUACGUGUUGAUCUGCUGAAGGACCCGGCCUCGGACGACGAGAUCCCCUCGGUCGACUAUGUGGCCGAGCAGAUGUCGUUCCUCCGUAGUCAGACCUCACUUCCUUUGAUUUUCACUAUCCGUACCCAGAGUCAAGGUGGUCGCUUCCCCGAUAACGCCUACGAUGAGGCGAGAGAGCUCUACCGUCUUGCAAUCCGGUCUGGUACCGAGUUUGUAGACCUGGAGAUCGCUUUUCCUGAUGAUUUGCUGCGCUCGGUCACGGAAUCGAAGGGCUAUUCCAAGAUCAUUGCCUCUCACCACGACCCCAAAGGAGAGCUUGCAUGGGGCAACAUGUCCUGGAUGAAGUACUACAACCGCGCGCUCGAAUACGGCGACGUGAUCAAGCUUGUUGGUGUUGCCAAGACCCUGGACGACAACACUGCUUUGAGGAAAUUCAAGCAGUGGGCUGCAGAGGCACAUGAUGUUCCUGUGAUUGCCAUCAACAUGGGUGACAAUGGACAACUCAGCCGUAUCUUGAACGGUUUCAUGACUCCGGUGUCUCACCCCAGUCUCCCAUUCAAGGCUGCUCCGGGCCAGCUCUCUGCGACCGAAAUUCGCAAAGGGCUAUCCUUGAUGGGUGAGCUCAAGCCUAAGAAGUUCGCACUCUUUGGCACUCCGAUCUCUCAGUCUCGAUCUCCGGCUCUUCACAAUACGCUUUUUGCUCAGACGGGUCUCCCUUACGAGUAUGGUCGUCUGGAGACGUCCAACGCUGAGGACGUCAAGGAUUUCAUCCGCUCUCCUGAUUUCGGAGGUGCCUCAGUUACGAUCCCUCUGAAGCUGGACAUUAUGCCAUUGCUGGACGAGAUUUCCUCUGACGCCGAGAUCAUCGGCGCAGUGAACACUAUUGUGCCCGUCUCCGCUGGUCAAGACGAGCCUGCUCGUUUGAUUGGUUACAACACGGAUUGGCAGGGGAUGACGCUGUCCCUUCGCAACGCUGGUGUGUACGGCUCCAACGGAGAUGCUAGUGCCGUGGUCAUUGGUGGUGGAGGUACGGCUCGGGCGGCCAUCUACGCCAUUCACAACAUGGGCUUCUCCCCCAUCUACAUUGUCGGACGGUCUCCGGCCAAGCUCGAAACCAUGGUGUCCACCUUCCCCACUAGCUACAACAUUCGCAUUGUGGAAUCUGCCGAGUCGCUAGACACGAUCCCCAAGGUGGCCAUUGGCACUAUCCCCGCCGACAAGCCCAUCGACGCUGGCAUGCGCGAGAUCCUGUGCCACAUGUUCACACGUGCUCAGGAGGCUGACGCCGACAUUGCCAAGUCCAUGGAGAAGGUUCCCCGGGUGCUCGUCGAAAUGGCCUACAAGCCUUCUGUGACGACCCUGAUGCAGCUGGCGUCCGACGCCGGUUGGCACACAGUCCCCGGCCUGGAGGUUCUUGUUGGCCAAGGCUGGUACCAGUUCCAACACUGGACCGGUAUCUCGCCACUCUACCAAAAUGCAAGGGAAGCCGUGAUUGGAUCGCCCAGCACCGAUUCUGCAUGAAGCACUCUAUCUUUAGUUCCGAACUACUGGGAAGGGGGGGCGGCGAGUCGUCGCUUAUCCCCGGAGAUUUGAUGCAUCUCGCGAGCAUGGAUAUGUUGGGAUAGAUAGAUCCCACUCGACAGUAAAAAGCCUGCAUUGUUUGUUCGGAAUGGGUUUCCACCAAAACAGAUACAGUUUUGAUUAUCUCUAGAUGACAGUAAUAUAGAUCAAUGACCAAUUCCAGUCUGUCACAUGGUCC